AUGCCUUCUGUCAUCGAGCAACCAGCCCAGGUCUCUGAGCAAAUGACCACCGAGACCAACGCCGUCGAAGCCACUCAGCCUAGGAGGCAGGCUGCGACUGCUGCUGCUGCGGUUGCGAGGAGUCUUGCUGCUAGAUCAAGCAUCAAACUCCCCCAUCCGCCGCCGUCUUACAAUGCCAACGGUGCGGAAAAGCGACCGAUCGAAGGGGGGGGACUCUGA